AUGUCCUUCUUCGAACCGCACGCUCAGUCGCACGGCUCGCAUUCGCACAAGGCCAAAUUCCGCCCGGGAAAGGCGCCUGCACCAGCCCAUGCGCGGACAGAGAUGAAGCGAACGGCAUCGCUCGUCUCGCUCCCUUCGCCGCCUGCAGAGGGCGCAGCAUACGACGAGGACGGGAUGGAUGUGGAUGGAGGGAUCGAGGACGCGCCCAGGCGCAGCCCGCUCGUGCAGGCGAGGGGUUUCGACCAGGAUGACGAGGAGGUCGACCAGCUUGAUUCGGACCUCGAGGAGGACGACGACGCGUCCAAACCCCCUCCGUCGAAGCGUAUAUGCCUCCUCGGCUCGCCCGCCAACUUCUUGGGUGGACCAGCGGCCGGACCUGCGUCCCGCAAGCAGCUUCUCAACCCUUUCCUCCCCGGCGCGGCUUCAUCCUCCUCGUUCGCUUCGCACGCCGGCGCUCCUCCUUCCCCCUCUGCUUCGCCCGUCCGACCGCCCCACGCUUCCCCCUCGAGGCGCCGCCACCGUCCUGACCCAGACCGCAUCAAACUCGCUACGACUCCCCCGCCCAAGACGCGUGCAGAGCUCGAGAAGCAGGCGCAGGAGGAGAAGAAGCAACAGAUGGGCUGGUUCGACGAGGACAACCCGUUUGUCGAGCGAGAUGGCGAGAUGGCGAGGAGGUUGAAGGACAGGCAGCCGCUCAAGAGGCCCGAGACGAUUACCUACGUCAAGCGCGGCCAGCGAGUUCAGACUACGAUCCCCUUCUCCGCCCUCCUCACCUCCACCUCACCCUCCGAAGACCCCUUCACCUUCACGACGCCCAAACUCCUCUUCCCUCCUCGCGACCCGCCCUCCCCGACUCCAGAAGACUCGACGCACCCGUCGACCCCUCCGAAGCAGAGCAAGUUCCUUGAAGCCCUGCGCAAUGCGGGAAAGCCGGACGAGGCGAAAGAGGGAAGGAAGGAGGCGUUGCCCCCGACGCCAGCGACGUUGAAGAGGCGUGCGCCUGGCGGAACGGCGGCGGCGGACGAGGCGAGCAGGUAUGGGCCUUACAAGCGGAUGAGGGGGCUGGAGAUGGCGGGUGUGGGCGCGAAGAGGGGGUUGAGGUAG